CAAUUUCCCACUCCCUUUACCAAUGUUUACGUUUUAUAGCGAGAAAAAUCAGAAAACUUAGCAAAUUGUUGCUAAAAAGUAGUUUUAACCACUGGACAAGGCCGAAAACCGCACAAAUGUCGCUGCUUGAGCAAUAUGAACAGCAGUAUGCUUCGCUGAUCGCCGAAAUAACUGCCCAUAUUGGACGUCUGCAGCAGCAAAACAACAACAGUGAACGCCAUGACUUGUGCAGCAAGAUCGACAGCAGCCUGCCCGAGGCCCAGGAAUUGCUAGAGCAGAUGGGCCUGGAGGUCAGGGAACUGAAUCCCGGCCAGCGGAGCAGCUUCAAUGGCAAACUGCAGGUGGCCCAGGCGGAGCUAAAGCGGCUGCAGGCGGAGUACAGGAUGACCAAGGACAAGCAGCGCUCUCAGACGAAUGCAUUCACCACCCUGGACUUGGGGGACAGCUAUGAGGACGUGUCCAUCACCACGGAUCAACGCCAGCGCCUGUUGGACAACUCGGAGAGGAUUGAGAGGACGGGCAAUAGGCUAACCGAGGGCUAUCGAGUGGCCGUGGAAACGGAGCAGUUGGGCGCCCAGGUGCUCAAUGACCUGCACCACCAAAGGGAAACGCUCCAGGGCGCCAGGGCAAGGCUCCGGGAGACUAACGCCGAGCUGGGACGAGCUUCUCGCACCCUCAACACCAUGAUGCUGAGAGCCCUGCGCGAGAAGGUCGUCCUGUACGGAGUGGGUGUCUGCUUUGUGGUCGCCGUGGGCGUCAGUCUCUACCUGACCUUCGCACCUAGUUCCGCCAGCUCCGUCACUUCGUAGUUUUAGUCAAGAAACCAAAAGAAAUCCAUUAGCCCGAAUUCAAAGGGUCUAGAAGCCUACCCAUUCCAAAUUCGUGAGUUGAUUAUUUAUUGUUUAGCAUAUUUUAUCUUUACGAGAUAUUCUGUGGAAGAAAGCUGCAGACUUACGCACUAUCUAUAUACGAAAGGGUGGGGGAGUUCCAUCAAGGGAGAUCGUAUGAGAAGAGCAAUCUGCGGCUAGCUCUGGGCUUACAAGUUAUUCUAUUAUUCGUUCGUAUUACUUCUCUAAUCAUAGUUAUUAUUCCUCAGAUUACCUUCUCUUGCCACGACCUCCCCCAUCCUAAUUCGCGUGUACAAAGUUUAAGUGGUUAAUGUUUGGCGCCUGGUUAAUAGUAACUAAUCCUACUCUAUGACUCGUGUUCGCAUUCGGGACGUAUUUCUCGCAUAAAUUCGAAAUGAACGUGUAUCUAAAAACCAUAAACAUAGCCGAGAACUGUUAACAAAUAAAGGAAACAGUAAAAAUGCA